UUUUCAGAAUCCGUCCCUAAUUUUAGGGUCGGUUUCGAAACCCGACCCUAAAGGGGAAUCCGUCCCUAAAUCCGACCCAAAAUUAGGGUCGGUUUUCGAUAUAAGUCAUGCACGAUUGAGGAACGCUCCAGAACAACCAAACAUAAGUUAAGUUAAGUUGAGCAUGUCAAAGUCGAACCAUUCUUCGAACGAGGACUUGGAGGAGGAGGAUGCCCCUGAUCAUGACAGCAACAGCAACAGCAAAGUCAAGGCUGCGUCCCUCGCAAAAGAAGACGAUCUGCUCAAGUCGAAAGAGGUCAAGCCCGCAAUGACGACUACCGGUAUGACGAAGCAGCACUCCAAGAUCAUUACUACUACUACAUGUAGUAAGGACAGGGACGCUACUAGUAAGCAAUCCUUGAAUGAACUCGCCGAGCACUCCAUCGAGGACCUACCGGACGACGGACAGAGCCAAGAGCAGGACGACCAAGCCAACGUUCCCGGAGCUUACCACGUCUCGCACCCGGAUGCUACGCAGGAAGACAACUGGUGGGAUGACACUGACAGCACCAUUGUCAUUGGAGAUGAUACUACCGGUAGUGCUUACAACGUACUAGUAGAUCCACCGCCUCUGCCGCCUCUCGACGAAGAAGUGGCAUUGCCAGGAAUGUUGGUCGAAGAUGACGACGAUGACGAAGAUGGAGAUGGAGAUAGUAGUCGUGCGGACGCUGACGUGGAGAGUAGUAGUCAACUGGCAGUAGUAGCACUCCGUCGUACCGGUAGUACUAACGACCAUGUCAGGAUCUCGAGGCAGCAUCCUCAGGGAGAGCUCAUUGAGGGAGUCAAGGUCAAGGACGAUGGGGACUUGAGAGGACAAGACCGUGCUUCCUCAAAGUUGGCCCUUGCAGGGAUUCUCGUGUUGUCCUUGAUUGUCAUCUUUCUCAUCAUGGGGCUGGCGGGCGUCUUUCAGAAGUCAUCCUCCCUGCAGCCUGGCAACGAACACGAACCACUAUCUAUACAUGUAGUACCGGUAGAGCCCCAGGCAUACCGAAUGACCAAUAUCGAGCAGAUCCAGGAUGACGGACAUCUCAUCUGCUCCUACCCAGAGUUCAUUGGAGUCAUGUACAAGGAUGAGAAUGGACAAUAUGCGGGCUUCUUUGCAGCUUUUUGCUACGCGGUAGCCGCAGCGCUUGGAGUGGAUGUGCUAUUUGUGCCACCCAGUGACAUGAAUGGCACCGACCCUCCCUUUUCCACAAAUGGAAUCACAAUGGCACUCGAGGUCACAAAGCCAUUCUCCUUCACCGUGCCCAUUUCCUAUGCUGGCUUGCAAAUGGCGGGAGAUCCCACUAUCAUUGAGCAAUGUGUGGACAAGGGACUUUUACACACGGGCGAAAUAUGUUCGUCUCUUCGGGUCUGCCUACAUUUUGACUCCAAGAACCAUUACGAGGCGCUCUCCAAGCUAAUGCCAGAACGAUACUUUGUCCCUAUUGACAUGGAACACAAUGCCACUACUUUUGCAGGUCUCAUUGACGGCUCUUGCAAUGUACUUGCUCAAGACAGCUUCUUCUUGGCUCCCAUAUUUGCUCAAAUGAACGGAUAUCAUGGUCCAUAUGCCAUUAGUCAAACCAUCUUUAUCAAGGAGAAUGUGGCAUUGAGGACAUCCAGUGAUGAUCCCGAGUUCCAGGACCUGCUUAACAGCAUUGUGCAGGCACUCUUUGUCGCAGAGAAACUCAACAUUACCAAGGACACCGCUCACUUGUUCCCUCUCACAACUGCCUGGGGUGAUGGCAAUCAAGACAUGUUCCAAAACGUCAUUCGUGCCGUGGGAAACUAUGCCGACGUCUACAGACAUUUGGAAGAUCUCAUUCCAAGGAUACCCUUCAAUGGAAUCAAUCAAGGAGAUACGGGACUCUUGAUGGCUCACCCAAGGGGAGAUCUCUUACAGAAAAGGCAAGGCCCCCUGGAUCCCACAAUGCAACAGAUUCUGGAUCGAGGUGUCCUCCGGUGUGGCAUUCGAAUGAAUCGGAAUGGAUUUGCCACUCGUACUAGAGAAGUAUCCAGCCAUGGUGUCAAUACAACGGCAUACGCUGGCAUGGAUGUGGACUAUUGUCAUGCCCUGGCGGCUAGUCUGUUUCAGGGUGAUGCCUCAGCAGUAGAGUUUUCAGAAUUGACAAAUGCAACAGAGGGCUUUCAACUCUUGGCCCAAAAUAAGUUGGAUGUCUUGGCUGGAGCUCCCUGGACGCUACAGAAUGAUGUGAGGGAGCCCACAACGGGGCUGGGCUUUGCUUUUUCUCAGCCAUACUUUUAUGGCUACAGUGAGAAGGAAGAUGCCCUUUGCCUGGCCACUCUUCAAGGAGCAGGAGAUCGACAUGACUGGUUAUCCUUUGUGUACUGGACUGUGGCAGGUACAUUUCUGGCUGAAGAGAUGUAUCUGAACAAGUCCACUUCAAACCAGAUGCCACUGGUACAGCUCUUUGGCGAGGAACUGAUUCGAAUGUUCCGCGAUUCUAUUCUCACCGUUGGAAGUUCUGCAGACAUGUAUGGAAGAAAUCUAGAGAGUAUCAUCCCUCGAGCUGGUCGCAACAUGCUAAACAGAGAACCACAGUUAGGGCCCCAACACUACGCUCCCAUUCCUGGAUUCUCUUGAGACGAUCCAUUGAACCGGCCAACUCUACAUCGUGUGACAAUAUAUGUCAUCAUUUUUAUAGUCUUUGCGAUUCUUUUUCAGACAUAGCUAGCUACUGUCAUCCUCAGGAAGCUUGCACUGUUGAGGUGAUAAGGUGCCUUCUAAAUAUAAUAGUGGUCAAGAACAUUGGAGGAUCAGAGUCGAGUCUCUGACCUGCCACUCCUAACCCAAAAUAAUUUGGAGGAGUCUCCAUGACUACAUCCUGCCCAAAACCGCCAGCCACGAGGAUAGAAACUAUGGACGUGUGUGAUGGGCAACACUUGCAUUCUGGGUUACUCGGCAUUUUGUCUAUUUAAGGCUAUUGUAUCUGAUUACAGAGUUUUUGUAAAAGUGGCUUAUGUCUCACAAUGUCUACGGAUGUCUCACAAUGUCUCACAAUGUCUACCAAUGUUUCACAAUGUCUCACAAUGUCUCACAAUGUCUACUAAUGUCUACCAAUGUCUCACUUUGUCUACACAGUACAGUAAAACAGUACAAAAAUGUCUCACUUUGUCUACCAAUGUCUCACAAUGUCUCACAAUG